AUGGUUCUCUCCGCCAGCUCUCGUGAGGGCUUGACCAAGCUGGUCACCCUCAGAGAUCAACAAGAACUGUGGACGAGCCAGCUCGGGGACAUCAAGAAGCACCUUCUGAACAACGAGUCUCUGUCUCACGAUUGCUGGGAAGGCAUUGAAGAGUUGCGGAGUUUGAGGUCUUCCGAUAUCCUUACUUUGGAGGAGCAUGUGCAGCAUCUCAACGAACAUGUGGCGUCCCACCUCAAGAAAAAGGCCCCGGCAUCAUCGUCUUCAACAGCAUCAGCCAAGAAAAAGGGGAGGGCAGCAUCCAACCCGCCGGUAGGGACUCACAACAUCACCAAUGCCUUCGCUAAAGGCAGUGACAAACCGGUGGUGCGUACGCGUGGGGACGGCCGCACGGAGGAGAUCACAAACAUCAAUUUCGCCGCGCCUCCACCGCCUCAACCGACAGUUCCUUGUACGAAGUGCAACCGUCGUUUCUUCAACACCCGGGGCCUUGGGGUGCACAUCAAAACUGACCACGAGCGUGAAGCGAAGAUCUCAGUUCAACGGUGGUGUUCAACGAACAGGAAGGGGGCGGGGGCAUCAUCUCUCCUCCCUUGGGGUGGGACACCGUCAGGGCGUUGCUGGCACGUUGCGUUUCACCAUGGAGAGAGUCGCGGAUGCGGCGCGACAUGUCCGCCAGGGUCCGUGUCGUUUGUGCUGCAGCCUUUACGCCCUGGAGCCGAGCGGAACAACAACCUUGUGAACGGCGGCUUUUCACAAUCGGAGUCGCCACCAAAGAAAACGUGCGGAGUAGCCUCGAGGAGACGGUACACCUCGCGCGAGAAGAUCGGUGUUGUUCAUGAGCUGCGAGAUCUGGAGUAGCGGUCAACGGAGGUUCGUGCGCACUUCGGUAUGACACCUCUCUUUUACUUGGAACAUAAGUCAGGGAUAGCAGCAAACGGCAGAAGGAUGAAGACUCUCUCGUGCAGCAAGCAGCUGACAAGGUGCGGAGUAGUCUGACGGGGACAUGCACUCGACGGCGGCUGUGGUUCUCUGACGCGGAGAAGGAGCUGUACAAGAUGUUGCUGGCACGACGCAAGAGGGAGCUGCGGGUCUCGACAAGGUGGAUCACGGUCACUUUCAAAAAGCUUAUCCUGGAAAGAUACCCGCAAGAUCCACGAGCAAGGGCAUUCCGGCCCGGCACGAGCAAGAUCACUGUGACGAAAGCACGCGUCGCAUAAGGAUGCCGGUGGAGACGUA